AUGGACCCCCUCUCCAUAUCAACCGGCAUCGCCGGCCUCGUCGGCCUGGGCAUCCAAAUCGGCCCCGCCAUCCACGACUACAUCGCGACCGCCAGAAAAGCCGAGCAAGACAUAAGUUGGUACGCAGACGAGGUCGACGCCUUGAUAGAAGUCUGCGUAUGUCUGGACGACUUUAUCAAAGCAGACGCUGCAUCGCAACGGAAUCAUUUCCGAACAACGGACUCGGUUCUCGGCCGUACGGUUACCUCUUGUGACGCGUCGCUGCGCAAAUUGGGAACCUUGCUCGCGGUCCCGGUUGAUUGGACGCAGAAGUUGAAUACGGUCCUUUCAAAUACGCCCAAAGAUGUCGAGGAUCUUUUGAAAUUACAGGUGGAAGCUUCGCAGAAGCUUCACGAGAUUACAAAGGAUAUCGAUGCGCUCUCUGUGAAUGCAGAGAAAUACCGCAGCACAGCGGAGAACAUGUCGUCAAUGCUCGAGGGUAUCCAGUCGCUGCGAGAAGCUUCUGAUCAACUAUCAUCUAUCCAGCGGGAUGUAGGUAGUAUCAAGAGACAGCUCACUGAUACCUAUGACAUGGAAAUCCUCGAGUGGCUGUCACCAGAGCAUGGACGUGGACGACACUCCGAAGUGCGUUCAAGACGAACGCCAGGAACGGGAAAGUGGCUGGCAGAUACGUCAAGUUUUCAGAACUGGCUUGAUAAAGAGUCUUCGCAGAGAAUCCUCUGGCUUGUUGGUGAUCCGGGUUGUGGGAAGUCGACACUACUAUCUUUCGUGGUGGACGAAUUGAAAGAGUCACAUACAGAAGACGAAAGUGCCAUUGCAUAUCACUACUGUGACUACAGGGUUCAAGAUACACAUCCCCUUGUCGCUGCUCUCGGGGCUAUCCUCCGCUUACUGCUCGAACGCAAGAAGAUCAUCCCGCCGAUGCUGCGCGAUACAUUUGAGAAAUCGCGACAUGAAGGAAGAAAGCCAUUCCCGUCGGAGCUAAAAGAGAUUCUCUUCUCUGUCACGGCUUCGUUCGAAGAUUGUUUUAUACUUAUCGAUGCCAUGGAUGAAUUUAGCAUUUCUGACACAACACAUCUCCCCCAAUUUAUCCACACUUUAGACGAACUAGCUACAUCUGGCGUCAAUAUUCUAGUAACGAGUCGCGCACCGCCAAGUCCGCCGUUGAAAUGCAAGCAUAUCGUCAAAACGAUCCAUGCAAAUGAGACCGAUAUCAGCAGCUAUGUCGCCCACGCUCUGCAUACGGAUGAUUCCUUGGUCGAUAUCCUUGAUAAAACUUUGGAGAGAGAUAUCAGUCAAACAGUGGUUGAACAGGCAAAGGGGAUGUUCCUCCUCGCCGUCCUCCACCUCCAAAACAUCCGCGGCCAAGUAACCCGCUCCGGUGUCCGCAAAGCCCUAAAAACCCUCAGCGGCGGUCUAAGCGACGCCUACAAAAAGACCUUCGAAUGCAUCCAGCACCAAUCGCAAGCUCGGCAAAAAUUAGCCUUCGACUCACUAAUGUGGGUAUCAGCAUCGUACCGUCCGCUGAAAAGUCUCGAGCUCCAACACGCACUGGCAACACAACCAGACGACGAAAAAUGGGAUCCGGAAAAUAUCCCUUCCCUCCGGUUGAUUAUUAGAAGUUGCUGUGGUCUUUUGGCUGUUGAUGAUCUUGAUAACUCGGCGUCUGAUGUGCGUUUGGUGCAUAAUACGCUUCAUCACUAUUUGUAUUCUUGUCAGCCGGAGUGGGAUAGGAGAGCGAAUCAGCUCAUUACUCAAACCAGCCUGACAUACCUGCAUUUCGCAUCAGAGCAAAGUCAACACAGUACCAACGACAACAGCGCCAAGAGCAGAAAAUCACCACGACAAAAACUAAUCCUAACCCCCUUCGCCCGCAACAACUGGGGCCACCACGCCAAACGACUAAACCCAUCGAUCUACGAAAAACAAGCCCUAACCCUCCUAUCAAACCGCUCCCAUCUAAACAUCAUAUACCCAAGAAGCCCACGCAUAACCGGCCUCCACAUAACAGCCACAUUCGGUCUAACGACCCUCCUAACAACCCUUCUGUCGCAAAAGCCACAAUCUCAGCCACGCAAUAACCGUGACACCCUAGAAGACUCAUCAGCUUCAGCUGGAGCCGCACUCUGCAAGGCAUGCAAAUAUAACCACAUAGACUGCGCAUCAAUACUUCUAUCUCACGGCGCGAGACCAGAUCCGCCGGCUGUGAGUAUCACGCCGCUAUACACCUGCGUAAGCAACCAGAAUAUCGCACUGGUGACGUUACUCCUCGACUCCGGCGCGGAUCCGGAUCGAUCUUGUGCGGAUGGGUGGACGGCUUUGCAUAAGGCGGCUGAUGAUGGGAGUUUGGAAAUUGUGAGGUUACUUGUGCAGAGGGGGGCUUCUUUAAGUCGUUCUUCUGCGCGUGGAUUGACGGCUUUGCAUCGUGCUGCGGGACGGGGUCAUGUUGAUGUUAUUGAAACUUUGUUGGCGCAUGGGGCUAGGGUUUGUUGUAAAAGUUCGGAUGGGUGGACGCCGCUUCAUGGGGCUGCUUCUGCGGGGAGGACGGAGGUUGUUUCUUUUUUGAUUGAGUAUCAUGAGAUGCAUUCUGGCGGUGGGGGCAGCCGGCCCGACGAUGAUUUUGAAGAGAUACAGAAUCUGGCUGAUAUUGCUGGUGGGGUGAAUUUCCGGACGAAGAAGGGCUGGACUCCUCUUCAUCUUGCUUGUCAGGGGGCGCAUGCUGAUACGGUUGAGGCGUUGCUUUCUGCUGGUGCGAGUGUGGGCGUUGCGGAUAAGGAGGGGGAUUUGCCGCUGCAUAUUGCGGCGAGGGAAGGGAAUGCGGGGAUUAUGGAGGUUCUUUUGCGUGGGGUCGAGAGGAGGGCUGGACAGUUAGAGUGUAAGAAUUUGAAAGGGUGGACGCCGUUGCAGGAGGCGCAGUUGAGUGGGAUUUAUGAGGCGGAGCAGAUGCUUUGGAGGUUGAGUGGGUUGAGUUUGGAGAGUGUUCAUGGUGAUUCUGAUUCUGAUUCUGAUUCUCGUCCUGGCCUUGUUUAUUCUGAUGCUGCUAUCCGAGCGGAAAAGUUGAUCAAGGCGAUUCGAGUGGAUGAUGUUGAGGCUGUUUCUGGGUUAUUGGGCCUUUCUGAUGGAGGGGUGGUGCAUGAGCAUCAGGCAUUGGAGGCGAGGAAUCAAGGAGGUCGCUCGCCGCUUCAGCAGGCUCUUCUUUUCGGUUCAUUGAAGGUCGCGAGAAUGCUUCUGGUUUCUGGAGCGAGUGUUCAUGCGAGAUCGGAUCCGGGGCAGUGGUUUGCCAUUCAUUAUGCUGCGCUGUCGGGGAAUGCCGGUGCCGUGGAACUGUGCUUGUCGAAUGGAGCAGAUGUGCAUGCCCAGACGCAGCAAGGACAAACACCUUUGCAUCAUGCUUGUCGACGUGGCUCGGAGGACACGGUGAGAUUGUUGUUGGAUCAAGGUGCACGGGCAGAUGCUGUAGAUGAUCGCGAUUGGAUGCCAGUGCAGGUUGCUGCUGCUGGAGGCCAUGAACGGGUUGUCCGGUUGCUACUGAAAGAUGGAGAAAAGGACAAGACCGCGAGAUUCCUAAGUAUAGAAUCGAUCCAGUCGUGCGCAGCACAGGGAGGACAUCAUGGACUGGUGGAGCUGACUCGGAAAUGGAGAUAUUCCUGGUUGACAUAG